AAAUGCCCUCUGUUACAUUCUAUUAAUUAGAUGGAAACAUGUAAAUACAUGUUAAGCUUGUCAUAAUGCACCUCAAUAGAUUAAAGACAGAAGGGAAUACUGUGAUCAUCUAGACCGACCUCCUGCAUAGCACAGAUCAAAGAACUUCGCCCAGUAGUUUCUGGUUUGAGCUUGGGAAUAUCUUUGAAAAACAUGCAUAAAUUUGGCUUUAAAGAUUUCAUGUGAUGGAAUCUCUCUACUGGACUACAAGUAGUUGUUCCAAAAGUUAGUGCUCUUUGUUCAAAUGCAGUGGCUUAAUCCUAGUCUGAAUUUGUUGAGCUUUAGCUCCAAUUCACGGGAUCUUACUGUAACCUAUUUUAGUAGAUCCCUUUCAUCUAUUAUCCAAAAUACUUUCACUGUGUACUUUUAGUAUAUAGAGCAGGGUCAGAAUAUAUUUUGGCUAAGAUUUAAAUAGGUACUUUGAUUUCUUAUUCUAAGCCUCAGAAAAAUUUCUCACGGCUCUUUUCCAACAAUGAACAUCAAAACGGGACACAAUAUUUGGCAGUGGUUCUGUUAGAAGUCUUCACAGAAAUGAAGUGUCUGCAUCCCCCUAACUCCUGUACAAUCCUCUGUUGAUACAUUCAUUGUAGCCCUUGUAACUGCAGCACUUCUUUAAGAGCUAAUGUUCCAUCGUUGUGCCUGUCAAUAAACAGGCUUGUGUCCCUGCGUGCCAGGACACACUUGCCACAUAUUCCAUUUUCACCCACCUCCUGUACAAUAGCAUAGGCAGACCAGGCGCAGAACAAACUUCUGAAGUCUGUGAGCUAGCACAAACUGAAAGAUAUGAAGUGUUUCCUCCUCAAGAGACAGUCUAGCCUUCUGCACUAUCUAUCUUAUCCAUUAAGAGUUGUAUUAUUUAGGGGAAGGAUGCCACACACACUACCUUCUGAUGAAUUACUAACUGGAAGGCUCCUAUCCUGCUAAGGUGCUAGGUGACUUCUGCCACCAAUAUUCAAUAUGCAUGUGGUGCAGAUUCUCAGGACAACAGAGGUGUGUAAAUGUGGUACUUCCUGCUAACCUACAUAAAAGCAAGAUUCAGUGUGUACAGGAGUGUCUGCAAUGUUAUUUUCAUAGCAGUUCUCACUAGUUCCUCCUAAACACCUCUCAAUAAGAAGUAGAUAGUUCUAAGGGACUUUGUAGUGACUGCCAGUUAUGACUGGAUCAUGGAUCCUGCUAGGCAUUUCUUCUUCUCCCAAAGUACUACAGUGAUUUACACUGGAAAUACUGGGACAAACCUUUGUAUACUGUUUCUGUUAAAUAUCUCCCUUAAAAAUGUAGGGUCUUAGGUUUUUAUAAAUCAUGAGAAACUCAAUUACAAUCAACGAAGUAAUGCUAAUGCAUAAAGAAAAAUUAAAAAGUUCUCAGAAAUUCAUCAUUUAUUCCUACAGAACAGUGACAAGCAUAAAACUUUUCAAAGUAUCUAAGUCAUUGUCAUUUUUGUUCUCUGUGAAAAUCUACCCUUUUCUGUAGGUGUAGCCUUGUUCACAUGUAGCACCAGCUCUGAACAGAAAGACAUAUUAGCCUAGUGUGCUUAUGUUCUAUCUAUUGCAUUUUGUUUUCCUUAAGGAAUCUUUUCUAUAUCUUGAAUUAGUCCUUGGGUACAAACUUUCUUUCCAAGAUCAGCAAUUAGGAAAGAGAUACCAUCCUAUUGUUAUAAGGUCUAUAGGACAUAAGGGAAAAUGCUACUCCUAUACUCAUUAGGAUACCUAUAAAACCCGAAAAGGUUUAUUCUGCAUUUAAAGGUUUGUUGGCAUAACUACGUUAUUUAGCACAAGCAAAACAAAAUUAUACCCAUUAGUGGAAUAGCUCUCGAGGGCAAUGCCCUUACUACACAGGCAAUACAAUUCUCUUACUAGUAAAGUUUAUUUCAUUUGGAGUUUAGCUUUACCAGUCCAAUUCUCUAACAUGAACAAGGUCUUAAACCACUAUUUGUUUAACAGUGGCUACUACUUUCUGGGUCUUUGGCAUGCGUAUGUCUAAUCUUCUCUAGAAAAGGAAACUUUGCAUUUCAAAUGGCACAACUGCAGUCAGCUGCUGCUGGAAGACACUGAAACCCUUACUCUCUUGGUUCCAGCAGAUCUUUUGAUUUCCUUGAACCUCCAAUAAACCAUUCCACUCAAUGUUUAAGUUUCUAAAUAAAGUUACUAUUGGCAAACACUUAAAAAAGCAGCUCAAAACAAUUCCACUACCUAAUCAUAAAAGAACUGAUUAUACAUUAAUAUAGGAUGAUUAAAAACAGAUAAAACAGGAAAACAGAUUAUACUAGCCAUCAAAGUGUUAAGGACAUUUUUUUUCUAAAACAAAUCCAAUUUCAUACUUUGAGGCCACGGUUUAAUUGCCAGAGGUAAUAGCAACAGCUAGAAUGUACUUAGGUUUUUGAGGAAUAUUUCAAUUCACUUGCACAAGGCUGCAUAAUUAAAAGAAAAUACUAGACAAUAUUAAUAUAUUUGUGUAUCCCAUGAAUUAACAACUGUCUCAUUGCCAAACCUCAAAGAGCAGCUUUCAAAAGGAAUUGCCACUGAAUGAAACUGUUCAUUGUAAAGUUUCCACAAAGCUGACACUUGGCCUGAUACUAUUUGACAUCUUUAUAUAUGAACUGGAAGUCUGUAUAUAACAACCCCCACAGCAUUUGCAGAAGACAGUGUUUAGGAGAGAGGUAUUUAUAUAGAUCACUUGAUUUAGCUGCACUUUAUGUAAUCAAAAUUAAUUUUAAGGUAGACAGAUGCAGAACUUAGUACCUAGGCACAAGGAAUGGAGGCUGUUCCUAUUAGAGUAAAAGACUGCACCCAUAACUCUUACAGCCAUAAUUCUUAAAACAACUUUGGUGGAUAUCAGGGACUUAUGGCACAGUAUGAGGAUCCAAGGUGAUGCUAUGUAAAGAGAGCUAAUGAAAGCCUUCAAAAGAUACACACUGGAGCAGUGAACCACAUAAGGAAGGAUUUUAUUUCUGCAUGUGGCACUGGCAGACUCCCACUAGAAAACUAUGCAUAGCCCCCGUGUUCACCUUUUCAAAAAGACAUUCAAAUUCUGGAAAAAAAACCCCAACCAAACAAACACUAAAAAGAAACAAAAACAGUUAGAGAAAAUGCCUUCUAAUGUGACUAAAUAGCACAAUCUGUCUAUUUUAUCAGAAAGUAAACUGAGAAGUAACUAACUUGACUAUACUGUACAAGUACUUUGACAAGGAGAAAAUGCCAGUGGUGUGAGGCUCCUCAAACCAGCCAGGAAGUCACAAGAAGAUGACUUCUUGUCUCACCUUCUAGGCUCCUGUCUAGAAGGUGAAGCCAGGCACAAGGAAAUAAUAACUGAAGCACCAUGGUUUUUUAAGUGUAAGUGACAAUCUUACAAAAAUCCGUGAAAUCUUCAGUUCUUCGACAUCUUCAGAUAAAUUCUGGAGACUCUUAAAAAGUUAUGUUUUAGCCAAACACAAGUAAUUGGUCUCUGCAGGCAGGUAGGAAACACAAAGUCCAUGAGUAGAGCAGUCUUGCUAUGCAGGAGACCAGGAUCCUUUCUGACUUUACACCAUAGGAACAUAAUUAACCAGGUUCUUGGAUCCUAGUUGUCACUUGAACGGACACAUAAGUGAGUAUUUGAGAAGUCUGGGCUCACUUUAAACACUGUGUAUGCACUGCUAGAGAACUGGAGAAGAAUGGCCAGAAAGGACAAAAUCAUGUCCACAUGUCUGCAGUGAGAUUUUUUUAAAUGUAAAAGCUGAUAAUACUAUUCAGACAUUAUGGCACUUGUACAGAAUGUAUUGAGUUGUGCUUAGAAAAUAUGAUACAUUAAUAGUAUGGAUAAAAGACUUAUGUCUCAUUAGAUUAAAUCAUGAUACGUUCAUUAAGAUAAAUAGCAAGUGGUAUUUUUGUCUAUAAAUAAACUAGGUUUUUUUCUUCUGUAUCAUGAGAAAUUCUAUCAUCAGUCUUGUACUUUUGCCUUGGCUUAUUCUUCUCACGGAUAACAGCAUCUUCAUAGAAGAUCUUCUGUAUCUUCAUGGAGACCUUUUAUUUUCCUUGUGGCCUUAGAAAGCCUAUUUCUGUCUUCAUUUGAGGUCACUGAAAUUAUGACUGGUUGUUCUUGGACUGGACUGACCAUCAAGAAUCUAAGAAAUAUAUUACAUAAGAUACUAUAAAAACAAGACUAAAUUCCCAUACACCAAAGGAAUCAAACUGAAAAUGGACAAGCCUGCAAACAACAUGAAGCAAACUUGACACAAAACAGAUAUUUCACUGUGUACAAACAAUAGCUCUUGGCUGAUAAAUGGGAAGAAGUUUUAAGGUUGUUUGUAUUGUCAUGAGAUCAUGUCUUGCAGAAUCACAGGCCUCCAUCAAAUGAUCGGUGAUUUUCUGAUGGCAUGCGAACGGGCUGUAAUAAAGCUUUGUGAGAUGUUAUUUACUAAUAGCUAAUAGAGUAAUUUUGGUCUAGAUCUCUAUUUUCUAGUCUUGAUGAAAACAGUGUAAUCUUCUACGUCCCUAAGAAAGCUCCUCUCUGUGUUGGCAAGGAAAUGAUAAAAGACUGUAAUUAAGCAAUGAUGACCCUAAAGUGAAAUGUGGAUUCUUUACAAUAUACAAUGUCCUUCCCACCAGCCACAUGUGUUUGUCAGAUGUUUAUAGAAUCUUCAUUAACUAAGAGCUUUGCUAGAUAACAGAAGCUGAAGCAUGGCAUCAAUGACUGUGAUAAGGGCAAGUGUACAACCAAUCUGCUUGACAACUGACAAGAGGCUGGGGUUUGAGGCAGACUGCAAAAAGAACACAAGAAAGUGAUUUGCAAAGGGCAUUCCAGUUGUUUGCCUUCCAUCUCCUUUCCUCUGUCUCUAAUGAAACAAGGUUUUUAAGCAGUUAAAAUACCCUUGUCCUCUUGUCUCUUCACCAGAAAGGAAAUAUAGAAGAAAUGCAUUAUUUUGGAGUAUUAGCUGCACUGUCUGUUUUCAACAUCAUUGCCUGUUUGACAAGAGGCAAGCCUUUGGAAGACUGGGGCAAGUUAUCAGCUAUGGGAAAGUCCGAUGCACACUUUCAUGAUGCUGGGGAAGUGGAAGAUGAGACUCAUUUCAACUUUAAAUCUUUCCUGGAGAAUACGAAGACAGAUUUACUAAGGAGUUUGAAUUUAUCAAGAGUCCCCUCACAAGCGAAGACCAAAGAAGAACCAACACAGUUCAUGAUUGAUUUAUACAACAGAUAUACUGCAGACAAGUCCUCCAUCCCUGCAUCCAAUAUUGUAAGGAGCUUCAGUACUGAAGAUGUUGUUUCUUUAACUUCACCAGAAGAAAAUGCAUUUCAGAAACACAUCUUGCUCUUCAACAUCUCUAUUCCACGAUAUGAGGAAAUCACCAGAGCUGAACUGAGAAUUUAUAUCUCCUGUCACAGGGAAGUUGGGUCUCUCUCUAGGCUGGAAGGCAACAUGGUAAUUUACGAUGUUCUAGAUGGUGACCACUGGGAAAACUCAGAAAGUACCAAAUCUUUCCUUGUCUCCCACAAUAUCCACGAGUGUGGCUGGGAGAUGUUUGAAGUGUCAAGUGCUGUGAAAAGAUGGGUCAGGGCAGACAAACUGAAGACUAAAAACAAGCUAGAGGUUGUUAUAGAGAGUAAGGCUCCGGGUGGUUUCACUUGUGGGAAGCUGGAUAUCAGUGUUACACCUGACACUAAAAAUCUGCCCCUGUUAAUAGUGUUUUCCAAUGACCGCAGCAAUGGGACAAAAGAGACCAAAGUGGAGCUCCGGGAUAUGAUUGUUCAUGAACAAGAAAGUGUGCUAAAGAAAUUAGGAAAGAACAACACUUCGUCUGAAGAGGAAGAACAGCGAGAGGAAAAGGCCAUCACUGGGCCCCACCAGCAUUCUUCCAGAAGCAAGAGAAGCAUUGGAGCCAACCACUGCCGGAGAACUUCCCUCCAUGUGAACUUCGAAGAGAUUGGCUGGGAUUCCUGGAUCAUUGCACCAAAAGAUUAUGAGGCUUUUGAGUGUAAAGGAGGUUGCUUCUUCCCUCUGACAGAUAACGUUACCCCAACAAAACAUGCUAUUGUCCAAACUCUGGUGCAUCUCCAAAACCCAAAAAAAGCUUCCAAAGCCUGUUGUGUUCCAACCAAAUUGGAUUCAAUCUCCAUUCUUUAUAAGGAUGAUGCUGGUGUGCCCACUUUGAUAUAUAACUACGAAGGGAUGAAAGUGGCAGAAUGUGGCUGCAGGUAGUAUUCAAGGCAAAUCACUAAGAAUAAGAAUACCCCCUUUUUCUGCUCUGUGUAAAUCUGUACAUUAGGGAUGCAAAUCAAAAUCCUUGUGAACAAGGGUUGGAGCAGGGUAUGGGGCUGGUUGUUGUUGUUGCUGCUUGUUUAAAAGGAAAACUGGCAUUUAAAGAAUGGCAAUCAUUGUAAAUAGCCUGCAUUAUAUAUCAUGGCAAAGUGAAUACUGGAUUAAAAUAUUGUGAGGUUGAAUGAACUAUGCGUUAUUGGGCAACAGGGAUACAAUUUGAAUACCUUACUUCCACUUUUCUGUUUAAUUGAUUAAUUAACUGAAGAAUUUUCAACGGGGAUUUGGGAUGCUCUGUAACUGUUUAAUAGGUAUUGAAAU